UCGUGACGUGUAAGCCCCGCCUACAGGAAAGCCAACCCCAGUCUAGGAGUCUGUAGCGUUUAGGUAAUAGACAACGCUAUAGAGCGGUUCUAACGGCACGCUGCAUAUUAAAUAUGCUGUUUUCUGAGAUAUACCAGAUUAUGUGAUCCAGUCAGAAGUGGAUCUGUUAUAGCAGGAUUGAGUAUACUUUGGACAGCUUUUCCUCAUAACUAAUUAGAGACAUCAGAGGUUCUGAUGCAAUGUGGAACGCCUAAGCAGAUGGGUGAACAUUCAGCAUGUAAGGAUAUGAUUUUAUCACCAGUCUAUUGAAAGAGUGGACAUAACUAAUAGCCCCAUGGAAAUCAACAUUAUGGAUGUCCGAAUAGAGUUUUAAACCAUACUUGCAGAUUGAAAAGUGAUGCCAUCAGCACAUGGACAAAAUAAUUUCAUAAUGGAAAAGCAAAGAUCAGUGAAUACCGUUGCUUCACCACAGUUAGGUGGAGAAUCAAGCACCUUCAUCUGCACUGAGUGUGGUGAUGGUUUCAGCCAGUACUCAAAUGUGAUAACCCACAUGGCCGUUCAUGGACCUUUGGAGUCAUUCUCCUUUGAUGGCUCAUCAAAUGGAUUUGAAGUCCCUCGUGAAUAUGUGCUUCAAGAAAAUGGUACGUUAACAGUUUUGAAUGGCUUGGUGCAGUCACAUUCAUCUGUAAAACCAGCAUCUCCCGGAGUCCUGCCAUCACAUUUUCCAUCUUCUGUCAAACCAGUUUCUCCAAAUCUAAGACCACAGUCGUCCCCCUAUAGAGACAUGUUCAGGCCAAGGCCAUCAGACUUGAACUUGGACAAGUCUCGUCAGGGCCAUUACCGUUGUGAAAUAUGUAGCAGAUCAUUUAACAGCCUGCAGAGUUUGCAUCGUCACCAACAGUACCGCAAUACAGAGCGAGGUUACAAAUGUACUUUGUGCUGUAAGAUCUUUGAAGGUAGAUAUGACCUUACGAAACACCUCCAAGAUCAUGCCAAUGAAACCUUUCACUGCUGCAGUCAUUGUGGCAAGCGGUUCCUUAAAGUGGAUGCACUGAAUGCCCAUCAAAAAGAAAACCAUCUGUACCCUAAGGCUACAUCAUUGGGCAAAUCUGAGAAUAAGCAGGAAAAAAAGUUUGAAAAGACAUAUCCCUGUCGGAAGUGCAAGUUGAAUUUCUUCUGGAUGUCAGAUUUUCAGACACAUUCAUGGUACCACUGUAAAGGAAUAGAGCCCAGUUCUCCUUUUGCUCCUGAAAUAGAAAUUGAAUCGAACUCGAAGCACAUAGGAGACAUACCAGUUGAAAACUUCUACAGCAAUGGCACAUCUAUUGAUGUUAAGAAUGGGAAUAGUAAAAUCUUUAGGGAUGCUAGUAGUGAUAUUGAUACUGAACGCUCUUUCACACCUUACAGAUGUGGUUUAUGUGGGGAUCGUUUCCAAAAGUUAACAGCUCUAAAGGAGCAUCAUCUCUCACAUCAAACUCAGGAGGAAAUAGAUCAGCUGAAUCAAGAAUCACAAAAAACUCUGAAGCGAAGAAUACCGCCUAAAGGCAGACGUAGAAGAAGUAAUCCCAAUGGCAAGCUGCAUCCUUGCAAACACUGUCACCGUGUCUUUAAUCAUUCUAGUAGUUUAUCUCGACACAUGAGAUACCAUAAGGGUACUAUGCACACUUGUGUGUUUUGUGGUAGACAUUUUCCACAACGCUGUGAUUUGAGAAGGCAUGUAGCCAUGUACCACAAAGCUGAAUUAGAGAAGAAACCAAGUUUGAAACUCUUGUACACAAAUCCACAAAAUGGCCCUGGCCCCAAUUCUCUCAAUGGUGAAAAAAUUACCUUCUCUCCUGAUGAGAAAACAAAGAGCUCAUCUGACAAUGAAGAAACAGCAUCACCAGUGGAGCAUCUACAGGGGAAACAGCCUGGAAAAGCAGGCCGAGUUAACUACAAGUGUCAGGAAUGUGGAAAAAGAUUUGGGCUGUUGUGUGUGUACCAACGGCACUUGCGCUAUCACAAAAAGGAACCUAGUAAGUGCCCCAGGUGCCCAGCUCAAUUCAGGAAUACUUCAUCCCUUGAGCUUCAUCUCCAAAACCACCCAAGCACAGGAGGAACAGGUGAUGUUGGACAAACUUGUCAUACUACUGGUUCCAGUGGGGAUACUUCCCUAGAAAAGGGUAAUGCAGAGGACAUAGAGGAUGACUAUAUGGACCAUACUCAAAAUGAUCAAGGAAAUUCUUCAGAGGUUCUUUAUGAAUGCACUGAGUGCACUGAGACAUUCUCAUGCUUGGAGACGUUUCUUCAGCACCAGACUUCUCAUGGCUCAGAAAACAAUGGGUAACUAUCAUAUCCAGCCCAUUAGUUAAUGCUGUUGCCAGCAAUCAAGCUCUCCGGAGUUGACAGUUUUUGACACUUUUGAAUGCUAAUAUUUGAACAACUGUAUAGAUUAUGAAUUGAUGGUAAAUUUGUUUGUAAUGGUUAUUUUGAAUAACUACUUUUAUACAUUUUCUGUCUUUGGCAUGAGAAGGAAUAGUCUGCACGUUGUUGAAUUUCAGAAAUUAAUUGGAACCAGGAAGUAAGGUGUGGCUAGGAGCCAUACAGAAUUACUUUUGAAUUAAAUUAAAAAAUAAAGAAAAACGGAAACAACUUAAGCCAACAUCUGACUUGAAACCUAGCAACCUCCACAGGCUACGGUUGUAAUAAUAUUGAUAUCCCAGCAAUUGUUGAAUAGCUUCCAUUGUAUUUUUUGUGGCAACCCAUGGUAUUGUCAGUCAUGUUGCUGCAUUUUUCAUUUUUUACUCACAAAUAUGUGAUUUUGAUAUUAUCUUUGAUAUGUGGUAUUUGUACUGUAUAUCUUUUUUUUUAAAGUAUAGCAUUGUCACUGAAUAGCUUUUUAACUGUGUCAUUAAAAAUGUACAGAUAAA